AUGGAAUGGAUUUCUCUGAAUAUUAGAGAAGACGCCAAGGUUUCUGUUUUGGAUUCUGUUGUAGGUGAAAACAUCGCUCAACCACUUUUGGGAGAAUUAUGGAAGACUAAACGACUUUCAGCAACAGUUCUACGAGUAACACCAGAGAGAAUAAGUGAUAGCGAAAUGGAUAGUGAAACGGAUAUUUCAAGUAAUACUGAUGAUAGUUCUGAAGAUGGAGAAAUCAUAAAUGUUAGUAAUGUUAAUAAUGUACGAUGGACUAAUAAAGUUAUUACUAUUGAUUCUCACCAAGUGUCCCGCUCCUAUUUCAGCACACCAGUUGUACACAUUACUGAUAUCUCUAAAGCAACACCCAGAAAAUUUUUUGAGUGA